AGGGAUGGGGGAGACGUGUAGAAAUGGCGGGAGCUGUAAUUACGACAUGACGAUGGAAACGUACUCCUGUAGCUGUGGAGACGGUUUCCAAGGCAACACCUGCGAGACCGGUGAGAUAUCAUUCGUGUGUGUCGGCAUUUUUUCUCUAGAAUUCAUAUAUUCUCAUUUGUCUAUCUAUUACUUUUCGAUUUUGCCAGUGGUGAUUUGCCCUAGGCACUCCCAAAUGCGCUGAUCUAUAGCACGUACGUAUGCAUUUCAUGAAAGAGACUUUGCGUAGGCUACAAAUUUUGAAACGUGAUACUCUUGAAGCGGCAAAAUAAUAUCCCGAUAUCAAAAAUUCAAUACACUUGAGAUGGUUAAGAGUAGAGAGGUGUUUACUUAAUGUUAUGUAGCAUGCUAAGGAUUAGUUAAUGUAUGAAAAUGUGUCUUGGUUAGUGAGGUGUCCUGAUCUCAGAAGAAAAAGUGUCCUUAUUAGUGAGGUGUCCUGGUCUCAGAGGAAAGUGUCCUGAUUAGUGAGGUGUCCUGAUCUCAGAAGAAAGUGUCCUGAUUAGUGAGGUGUCCUGAUCUCAGAAGAAAGUGUCCUGAUUAGUGAGGUGUCCUGUAAAAGGAAAACUGUAUGCCUUUUUCACUAUACCCUUCUUCCCUGUUUAGCCACCAGUGGUUGCCGGGACAACCCCUGUAAAAAUGGAGGGACGUGCACCGAAGGGCCUGGCAGUACCAUAUCUUGCUCCUGCCCUCCCGGUUACCAUGGAGACCUCUGUCAAUAUUGUACUCAAUGUUCUUCGCUCAAAAAUGAGCUGGAGACACUAAAAGAAGCAAGUCAGGCGACCAACCUACAAAUCUUUGAUACCAUAAGAAGAUCAACAGGACUGAGAUUCUUCAAACCGUGGAUAGAAAUAGAUCACUACAGAGCAAUUUUCAUUCGUCAUUUCGCCAUUGGAUCGCGACACUUUAUCGGGAUGGUCAUUGAAAACGCUCACCACAUCAACGGAGGACUGGUCAUUUACGAAAUUUUCGAUUCGGAGAGUCUCAGCCAAAUACAGACGCUGGGUAACAGUUCGACGUCGUCGUUCAAAGUAUUCGAAAACGACGGAAAGGUUCAGAUGCUCGUCGGGAAUUACUACGAGCCGGGCCGAAUAGCGCCUCCGGACGUGAGUUCGAAGCUGUAUACGUGGAACGAGAACACGAGCAGGUUUUACAUGACGGGCGAGGUUAACGUGUACGGGGUCCGCGACGUCGAUCACAUAAAGUUGGCAAACAACGAUUCUUUUCUGGCUCUUUCGGUGCACGAUGACACGCGCACUUACGACCUCCCAACGUUCAUCUACCGAUACAUGUCUUCCGAGGGGCGGUUUUACUGCUAUAGACAAUUGAGAACUACGGCAGCGAGACGGGUUAAUUUUUUCACUUUCAAUUCGACUCUGUACCUUUUUGUGGCAGAGCGAGUCAACACGGACAACUCACACAAUACCAACUCUUCCGUGUACCGGUGGAAUUCUACCGAUUUCAUGCUCCUGCAAGAAAUCGAGACGAUAGGUGCGUUUGAUCUCCUCCCCUUUUCCAUUGGAGAUUGCUUCUUUGUCGUUGCCGUUAACAACAGACACAAUCACUCAUACAACGUACAGUCGAAAGUCUAUCUCAUGAUAGAUGGCGUUUUCAAGUUUUUUGCCUCGUUGGACACUCGCGGGGCGACUAAAACCGACUUUUUUCGAAUCGGUCUCGAAUCGUUUCUCGUCUUUUCAAACUCGCACGAUGACGGAAGCGUUAUUACAAACUCAGUUGUAUACCGAUUCGAAGGUGGAACAUUUGUAAUACAUCAAGAGAUCCUCACGCAGAACGCAAUGUACGUUCAUUUCUUUACACUCGAGAACGGUAGCCCAGCCCUGGCCUUUGCAAACAAGGCAGGUAAACCCGCGUUGUAUAAAUGGAAGUCGCUAAGUUACAUUUGCCCCGAGGGAAAUUGCCAAUAAUAAACUCCCAUUUUCAGCUUCAAAGAUCAUAGUUCACUUAUUAUCACUUAUACCUUACGACAAAAACUGGCUUUCUUUUUUUCAUCAAUUUUUCACAUCUGAAGAAAUCAUCAUUCUGCUAACUGUCUCUCUUGUAUAAUAACAUAGUUGGUUAUUUUGCUGUAUUAUUCAUCAACAAAAUUAUCGAAAGUUAUAAUUAUUAUAUUAUAUUCACCCUCUUUUGUGUAUGUAUAUUCUACGAUGUGCUGUUUAACAGAUACUACCUUCUUAAAUUGUGUAUUUCAAAUUUCAAACUCUUAUCACAUGAUUAACAAUUUUUCAGCACUAACCCAGGCGUCAGUUAACACUGUAAAAACAGUGCUUCGCAUCAUUAACAAGUUUUUGCAAUGUAGAGCCUGAUUUAAAACAUUUUCCUUUUAGCUCUGCUUUAGUAGCUUCCCUCUGCUUCCCAAAGUUGCAGCAGCAGCACU